ACAAUGUGUAGCAGACGAACUCUCAAAAUGGCCGCUGAACGUUCGAAACGGUACGAAAAAAUCGAAUUUUUAGGCGAAGGUCAAUUUGCUACUGUAUAUAAAGCAAGGGAUAAAGAGUUCAACGACCGUAUUGUAGCUGUGAAGAAAAUAAAGAUAGGAACUCGCGUCGAAGCCGAAGAUGGAAUCAACAGAACCGCUUUGAGAGAAAUAAAAAUUUUACAAGAAAUCUCUCACCCUAAUGUUAUAGGUUUGUUAGACGUUUUCGGCAGAAGAUCUAAUGUUAGUCUUGUAUUUGACUAUAUGCACUUUGAUUUGGAAGUGAUAAUAAAAGAUCAAAGUGUAAUUUUCCUACCGUCACAUAUAAAAAACUAUUUAAUGCAAACAUUAAGGGGUUUGGAAUAUUUGCACGCUAAUUGGAUUUUACAUCGAGAUAUGAAACCAAACAAUUUAUUAAUAAACAACGAUGGUGUUUUAAAAAUUGGUGAUUUUGGUUUAGCUAAAGUCUUUGGUUCACCAGACCGCAUUUAUACUCAUCAAGUUGUAACUAGAUGGUACAGAUCUCCAGAACUUUUAUAUGGUGCCAGACAAUACGGAACCGGCGUAGAUAUAUGGGCAACGGCAUGUAUUCUCGCAGAACUUUUACUCAGGGUGCCUUUUGUGGCUGGUGAUUCUGAUUUGAAUCAACUCUCUAAAAUAUUUGAAGCUUUAGGAACUCCUAAGGAAGACGAUUGGCCUGAGAUGACCCAACUACCUGAUUAUAUAGAAUUUAAGUACCAAGAGGGUACUCCCCUCAAACAGAUAUUUACAGCUGCAGGCCAAGAUCUACUUGAUUUAUUGGAAAGCAUGUUUAAAUUCGAUCCUUUAAGGAGAUGCACAGCUGCAGAAGCGUUAAAAAUGGACUAUUUUAGCAGCAACCCGCAACCAACGGCUAAUAGCUCUCUCCCAAAACCAACUCAGCCUUCAAACGUCUUAAAAGAGCCCAAUAUAAUCAAACCAGGAAUGAAAAGAAAACUUGAACCGGGAGAGAGUGACCCCUGUAAAAGAUUACUCUUCUAA